CCUCCUUCUCACUUCAACCACCAUGUCGACUUCGAAAAGGGUUCGGAUCUACACCCUAGAGGACGUCGAGAGCCACAAGUCGUCAGAAACCUGCUGGAUAACGCUGCGAGGCAAGGUAUACAAUGUCACUGGUUUCCUUCCGGACCAUCCUGGAGGAGAAGACUUGAUUCUCAAACACGCUGGUUCUGAUGUCGAAAAGGUCAUGAAAAACCCAAACGAACAUGAUCACUCAGACUCGGCAUAUGACAUGCUUGAAGAGUAUGUCAUUGGCAGGGUGGGAUCUGAAACUACUGUUGUUAGUGAUGACUGGGAGGCUCCUGAUGAUUUCCAUCCCGAUAAUACGGACUCUGCAGAGGAUUUCGAAAAGACACAGUUCCUCGAUUUGCGGAAGCCCUUAUUAAGGCAGGUCUGGGAGGCCAACUUCAGCAAAUCAUACUAUCUGAAGCAAGUGCAUCAACCACGUCAUCUACCAUAUUCUGCGCGACUGUUUGGUUCUGAUAUCCUUGAGAUGCAGACUAGGACGGUGUGGUAUGUGGUGCCUAUGUUCUGGUUACCCAUCACUAGUUACCUCUUCUUGCGGUCACUGCUUCAAUUUUCUGUUCCGCUGCCCUCCUUUACGACCAAUCCUUUCCUUCCAUUGUCGUCUUUGUCAACCGCUCCAACCGAUGCCAUUAUCAAGACAAUGUUAUGCUUCUUCUUCGGUAAUUUUGUCUGGACGGUCCUAGAAUACGGCAUGCAUCGUUUCCUUUUUCAUAUAGACGAAAUGCUGCCAGAUCGUCCGUUGUUCCUCAUGCUCCAUUUUAUGCUUCAUGGCAUUCACCACUAUAUGCCAAUGGAUAGGUUGCGAUUGGUCAUGCCACCUGCCAUGUUUUUUAUGUUGCAAAUGCCAUUUACUCGUCUCGCGCAUCUCCUGUUCCCACCAGCCAUUGCAAACGGCGUCAUUGCGGGCGCAUUUGCGUUCUAUAUUCUAUACGAUUGCAUGCAUUACGCUUUGCAUCACACCCAACUUCCAGCAUACUUACGGCACAUGAAGAAGUAUCAUCUUGCUCAUCACUACAAGAAUUUCGAGUUAGGCUUUGGCGUAACUAGCAAGAUAUGGGAUUACGUUUUCAACACUGUUCUUCCAGUAUAAUGGCUUCCUCGUGGGUACCAGAAUGCGGGAAAGUAUAAUAGGCUUUUGCAUUUCUCUUGUGUUGAUGGUCGUUUAGAGGCCUUAUUGUCACCACUCAGAUUCCAUUUAUUCCAUUACAAUACUUAUUAUCAGCCAUCUUUCUAUCGGAUAUUUGGAAUAGCCAGAUCAGAAAUGGUCGUCGUAAUAUAAUUAGGGUGUAAGGACUUGAAGAUUU